AUGUAGUCGAUCAAAAAUAAAAAGAGAGAUUUUAUGAUAAAUUGAGCAUCAUCGAAUUAUCGUUGUGUCAGCAAGGUACGAAUCAUCGCUCGAAUACGCGAAAUCGGUCUGCUUAUCUCACGCUUAUUAAAUCGACGUUCUUUCGAUAACCUUCUUUCUCACUCUCUAUCUUCCUUCCUCUCUCUCUCUCUCUCUCUCUCUCUUUCUCUGGUAAGAGAUCGAAACGAGGCACCCGAUCGAUCAGUAUCUCGAAUCGGCACCGUAACUACAACGUCUCGCCGUCUCGUACAUAGAAUCACGCGAAUGUCUCUCCUAACGGUACCAGGACACGAGGAAUCUGGUUGGAUGUUAAGAAGGAAGGACGUCAGCGUGUGUCGAUCACGGAUCGACUUGGAAAAGAAAUUCGGAGAAGGAUCGGAUAACGAUGAUGACGAUCGCGUUUAUAUAUUAUAUAUACAUCCGAAUGAUUUUACGAUGGCUUGUCAAAGAAAAAAAAAAUUUACAAGCCAUAUUGCACAAAAUGAUAUUUAUAGAUGUUUAAUAAACGAAGAAGAGAAUAUAGAAGAGAGAAUAUAAGUAUAGAAUUCGUCUGGAAUCAUUUUUCUUUCAGUAAUUUCUUCAUCUUAUUUGUACAAAGAAAAAGAAUUGAAAGUAUCACGAAAGGGUUUCAUUUGUCUUCGUCGUUGGCAGUAAUGAGUAAGCGUUUAAAAUGGCAAGAAACAAGUACGAGUAAACAUCGUAGGAAUUUGUUGGGUGUCUCAAAGAAUGUCUCAAGUAAAUGAUACAAACGUCAAGUAUAAUUAUCGUGAUGUUUAUACACGGGUGAACGGAUGAAUGUGAGAUCAUGAUUUUUAGUAGUACUCCCUUUAUUGAUAAGUCUGAGAUUAAUCGUGUUAAUCGUUUUAUCGACGGCCAUAACUAAUCUCAUCGUGUAUUUGAAAAAAAUCUGAUUAAAAAAAAUUUCUACCAGUUUUCUCGAUUGACGAACACAAGGACGAAAAUGAAAAAUUCGAUUCUCGUUGAGUUAACGAGCUUGCGAGCUCAAGUUAAAAGCCUUACGAAGGGCUACGCGAGGAUUAAGAUAUCACGGGGAUUACUACGAGCGCAUUUCGAACGAGUCAAGAAGACGUUGCUGAAGAAAGAGGAGAAGGAUGAGAGGAGGCUUAAUGUGCAUCAAUGGUGUAUUAACAUCCCUUAGGAGCGGACGACUAAUUGCAUAAAGCCGUAUAAUCCGCGAGAUUUCGCUUAACAAAGCCGCACCGCGUUGGAUUAUAUCAAUUAGAGGCUCGUGCAAGAGUCUUGGAGAGGGAAGAAUGAGAAAAAAGAGAAAAGGAAAGAGAGAGAGAGAGAGAGAGAGGGAGAGAGUAAAGAGAGAGUAAAGAGGGUUGUUGCGAGAAGAGGUUCUAAUAGUUGCGCUUGUAACGCCCGUAACUUGUAUUAAGUGUUACCGGUUGGUGUGCGACAAGAAGCUGAUUAUAAUAAUCCCGUUUGUAAGACUAGAUAGAAAGUUUCAAACCAACGCUUUUCUAUAAUUGCAAUAGGUCGUUUUCUAUUUAUGAAAAAAAAUUUCCUUCAAUAAAUUUUGCCUUUAAUAAUCUUCCAUUUAACCAUGUAGCUUUUAAAUGUUUACCAGAGUCUUAUCGAUGUAUUACAUUAAUUCUAACGUGUAGUAGAUAUUUCAAAAGAUAACGAUUUAUCUAUGAGAGAGGAAUCGUAUUUUAUGAAAAUUUUAUAUAAUAUUUUUACAAGAGGGGUACGAUAUAAAAGGUAGAAGAAAGAAAAUCAAAGUUGGUUCAUCGCGUUGGGUAUGAAUUUAAUAAACGAAUCAAAUGCAAUUAGGGCCUGGCCAAUAGAGCGAAGUGAAAGGGAGGCGAGACAGCAUCGAUGAGGUAUACGUACAUACAUGGGCGUGAGAAUGAAAUAUUGUAAUUCAUUUGGCGCCUCCGGGCUUCGGUAAGGAUGCAUUACUCGUUCGUUAUUGCGCGAUAACGCCGAAAAUGCCUUGGAGCUUCGCGUGUGCGAGAGAGAAGGGAGAUCUUCUUCGCGUUGGAAAGAAGGAAUGACCUCAGAUGGAUAUCGGUUAAUGGCUUUUUUCGAGCCCUCGUGAAAAGAGAGUCAAGGAAGUGAGGGAGAAAGAGAGAGAGGGAAAAAGAGAGAAGAAGAGAGAGAGAGAGAGAGAGAGAGAGAAAGACAGAAAGAAAGAGAAAGCAGCAAAGAAUCAGAAGCAAUAUCCGACUGGUUAGCGCUGGACCGAAUCUUCUCUUUUUCUCUCUCUCUCUCGUCUUCUUCUCCUUCUCUCUCCUCCUCUCUUGUUACUUCUUCAACUCGUUGCACAUGCAACUUCGGUAGGAAGGACGACGACUAGUCGGGACCAGGAACUGUUUAACAUACGAUAAUACUUGAUUUUGUCCCUUUGCCUCUUGCCUGUAACACGUGUGAUACAGUGACGUAGUGCUGUUGCACGUUUGUCCACCUCGCCUCGAUAAGAGAAUUUCUCCUUCUCUCUCUCUCUCUCUCAUGCUUUCGUUCUUCUCUCUUCUUCUUUCCUCACGGGUGCGUGCGUUUCCUCCUCCGCACGCGAACAACGUCGAGAGCUCCGGAUUAGCUAUCCUUUAAGCCCUUCGAGCGAUGAUGGCCCUCGCCAGCCCUCCCGUCGUUCCCUCAUGAAUUUGCCAUCUGUUGUCUGCGAAGUCUCAAAUUUCUUUCUCGAAAGUGUAUCCGAGUUUUAAUAGGGCGAUUAACGACCCGUUAAUGAGGCUUCUACGUAUAUGAAUAUUUUAAAUACUUUCGUUCUUAUUAUUAAGACGUGGCAAUUUGACGUUGAAGGAUAUUCGCGAAAUUCCCUCUUGAUAAUGAAAUAAGAGAAAGUGGAGAAAAGAAACAAAGAAGAAUAGUACAAUAGCUUAGAUGGAUUUAUUAAAUAUUAGUGGGAUUAGUUAACAGCGUGGUAUUAACAUCAAAGUGGUAUUCAAUUUUGCAUAAAUCUUUCGCUCGAAUUUUUUUGUUCUUGCGAUAAAUACGUCUGAACUAUAUCGAAGUUUAAUUAGAAGGGUUAGAAGAAAAGGAUGAGAAAUUCUUCUUCUUAAAAGGAUCAUAGUCGAUCGCAAAGAAAAUUGUAGACGGUGCAUUACUAAUUAAAUGUUAUCCAUCAAAGCUCCUUAGUUUCUUUCGGACUCGUUUGUACCUUAAGUAGAAUUAUAAUCAUGGUUUAAUCGAUCGACGUAUCGGAAGGCCUAGAAAUUUAUAUGAAAACAUUAUGAAAGCAAUUGAAAUUUUAUACGAGGUUAUUAGAGGUAAUUGAGGAGGAAGUCGAGCGAUGCGUUCGUUGAAGAGUAACCAACCUAUUCGCUUCUUAGCUAUUCGAAUCUCUAUCGCUUUAAGUCGGAACUAGUUAUCCGAGUAAUUUCAAUAGGAAACGUGCUAUGCAUUUUCAUGAAAUAUUAAAAUGGAACGGUCAUCGUUUGUUAAAUCAUACACAAAUUACUAUUUAUUUAUUUUGUUGUAAUUAAUCUAUAGCUUUACCAACGAUUGGUUUACUGUCAUAUUUAUCAAUAUAAAUUAUCAACAAGCUACCCUGUUUUUAAAUUGCCUCGGAAAAUCGAUAUUAAUAUUAGAGUAUAUAUUAGGAAAAUAUUUAUUUACAAAAACAUAUACAGUAGAUAAUUACGUGACAAUACGACCUCAGAUAUCUAAGUAUGUAUAUAAUCACGUAGCAAUGUGACCUCUGUUUCCAUUUCUUCUGUGCUUUGUCCUUUCGUCUUGUUCGUCGUGCCAGUCGUUCUAAGAUCGUAGUAGAGUAAGCAUCGCGUGAGACCGGAGCUGAACGAUAAACUUCAAUCCUUGGUUUUUCUUCUUUCCCUUCAACGAUGUAAGUCUUCGCCGGAUGAUAAAUUGCGGAAGGGGAGGAGAAAAGGCGACUCGUACGGAGAAAUCGUAGAAACAAGCGAGCGAUUAGCACGGAAUCGCGAGAUAAGAAGUUGAAUCGCGAACGGGGAUCGUCGUCGUGGUCGGCCGUAGGACGACGCUGCGGUCAGUUCCUGGCAAGGAAGCGCUGGUACAAGCUACCGACCCGGAUUGCGGAGUAAACGCGAUGGUGAAUUAUACUCUGGCAGCCGGAAGAUUGGAAAGCGAGUUGCUUCAAGCACGUAGCGAUACCGGAGACAUUUGCGUGAGAGCACCGCUCGACAGAGAAACUGCUCCCUACCUCGAGAUUCCUGUCAUCGCCACCGAUAGAGGUGGUCUUAGUACAAUAGCUAUCGUCCGCGUACAAAUAACCGAUGUGAACGACAACAGUCCGAUAUUUGAACCUCAGAAAUACAACGUGACUUUGAGAAGCGAUGCUCCGUUUCAAGGGCCGAUUUUAAGGGUAGUAGCCAGCGAUCUCGAUGCAGGUUUAUUCGGACAAGUUGCUUAUAGAAUAACCAGCGGCAACGAAGCUGGAAUAUUUCGGAUAGAUCGAAACACAGGUGAACUUCACGUUUCAAGGCCAAGCCUUCUGUCGAGAUCGGCUUUGCACCAACUCAAUAUCACAGCAACCGAUGCAGCUGGCUUGAAAAGUACCGUCGAUGCGGAAGUUAGGAUAACGAUGUCCCUGCCAGGACACAGGAUAGCGACUUGCGAGAGACCACGUUACGUUCUCUCGGUUAAAGAGAACCAACCGCAAAGUACUGUCGUUGGAGGAAUCAAGGACACCGUAUCUACGUCAUCUCUAUCAGGUGAACGACCAAGUCGAUUUUAUUUAGCGACAGACGAACCUGAUCUAUCCAUGGAUCCCAACACGGGGAUGCUAAGGAUUCGAUUACCUCUUGAUCGAGAAACUCGAGACAAAUAUAUUUUAAGCGUCGAAGCGAGAAACGGUGCUUCAACUGGAUAUUGUCAAGUGGAAGUAUUGGUGGAAGACGUGAACGACAAUGCACCCUUCUUUCGAAGCGUAAGCUUGCGAAUAUCGGUACCAGAAUCUCAUCCCCUUCAUACAGCCCUCUUCGUAGCUCAUGCAACUGAUCGAGACUCGACGCCAUCGUUACCAAUCCGUUACGUACUUGUACAAAACAGCAACGAUCUCUUCGGUAUAGACGGACGAACCGGCGAGCUUUAUUUAGCAAGGCGAUUAGAUUACGAGACUCAACAGAGGCAUGGUCUCCUGAUAAGAGCUCUAGAUGGUGCAGGACUCUCCGCGAAUCUCAGUUUGAGCGUGGAGGUUCAGGAUGUGAAUGACAACCCCCCAGUGUUCGAGAGGAACGAGUAUCACGUGGAGGUUCCCGAAGGCGCCAGGCUCGAUUCCCAAAUUCUUCAAGUAACUGCAGUGGAUCUUGACACAGGAAACAACGCGAGAUUGAGUUAUCGUCUCCAGGGUUCCACGGCGUUUCGCAUUAGUCCAAACACCGGAUGGAUUUACCUGGCGCAAGUGCUCGAUCGUGAAAGCGUCGAUCGGUACGCGUUAACAGUAUUGGCAACGGACAACGGUUCACCGGCGGCUACAGCAAGUGCCUCUGUUCUCGUAUCCGUUCUCGAUGACAAUGAUAACGAGCCACGUUUUGAAAAAGAUUUUUACGCAUUCGAAUUAUUGGAAAAUCUACCGUCCGACACCAUCGUUGGUUCUGUCAGUGCAACCGAUUCUGAUCUUGGCAAAAAUGCAUUACUUAGAUACGCCAUCGUCCAGGUUAACAGUAGCUUCUCUGUGGAUCCUGAUACAGGCGAGAUCACGACGCGUGAGCCUCUUGAUCGCGAGAAGAAAGGAUCGCACGAGUUAGUACUCGAGGCAAGAGAUCAGGGGACACCCUCGAGGGCAGCUAGAGUGUCCUUGAAAGUGACCGUGCUCGACGUUAACGAUAAUUCGCCGGAGAUCGUCGAUCCUCAGGGUGAUGUCGUCAGCGUGAGAGAAGAGCAGCCACCUGGAACCGAAGUGGCUAGAGUUAGGGCCUUGGAUACUGAUCUCGGUGAAAAUGCGUCCGUAACUUACAGUAUUCUGAAAGAUCGCGACUCCGAUGGUUACAACGUCUUCACGAUCGACCCGAUCACUGGCAUGAUCAGGACCAAGGCCGUUCUGGAUCACGAAGAACGCAAUGUAUACCGGGUGUCUGUAAAGGCAACGGACGCUGGUCGGCCGCCACGACACAGUGUCCGUGCUUUGAGAGUCGAGGUCCUGGCACUUGCCGAUAACCGGCCGACCUUCACCAGCAGCAGUUUUACCUUUAACGUAUGCGAAGAUGCUAAUAUCGGACAAGCUGUAGGAUCGGUAUCAGGAGCAGGACCAGCAGGACGUGUGGCCUUCACCUUGCAUUCGUUAACGCCCAUCAGCGAAUUCCCAGCCUUCGACGUAGAUCGAGGUUCGGGUCAAUUGGUGGUCGCUCAUUCUCUUGAUCGCGAAAACGUGAGCGAGUAUCAUCUGGAGAUUCGUGCGUUGGACACAACGUCGAUCGGAAAUCCUCAAAGUAUUGCAGUUUCGGUGAAGAUCGUCAUAGAAGAUGCCAAUGAUAAUCCACCUCGUUGGCCACAAGAUCCGAUAACGGUUCGAGUCUCGGAAAAAGCUACGAUAGGCUCGACGAUUUAUAAUCUAGUAGCUACGGACUUGGAUAGCGGUUUGAAUGGCGAUCUAAGGUACGGCCUGGUAGCUGAAUUUCCUUCGAGCGGUGGCUUCGUCGUUGAUUCUCUUACUGGUGCCUUGUCUCUUUCGAAACCUCUUGAUAGAGAAGAAAGAGCAGAAUAUACUUUGAUUCUUAAAGCUUCCGAUCGUGCACCACCUGGCGAACAAUUGGCGUCAACCGUUACUGCUAGAAUCAUGGUUCUUGAUCAAAACGAUAACGAUCCUGUUUUCGUCGCUCCAGAGACUACUAAAAUCGCUGUCACUUCGGAUGUCUUACCAGGAGCGACUUUAGUGAGAGUGGUCGCGGUAGAUAAGGACGCAGGUGACAAUGGUCGUGUGUCUUACGUGAUUACAUCGGGAAACGACGAGGCAAGAUUUUCAGUAGGUUAUGAGUCCGGUAUAGUGAGUCUCACGAGACCCAUGAUCCGACCCACGGAACUCGAGAUCACGGCCAACGAUCACGGAUCACCGCCACGCAAGGCCACCCUGAAGCUGACCUUGACCCUCGCCGCUGGACAGACCAGAGGACCUCCUCGACUACUGCUUUCCAAUCCUGUCGCUCGAAUCUCCGAGGAUCUUCGAACUGGCGCGUCCGUUAUGGACGUUGCUGGACCAGCCAUCGUCGAUCAAGGCAAUAUCAGCUUCAGCAUACCGACAAACGUUGCCGCAGAUAAAUUCGCUAUUUCACCGAGCGGUCUUGUAACUCUUCGAGGAUCUUUGGAUCGAGAAGAAGUUUCGCAAUACUACGUACCGGUUGUCGCUAGAUCCUCGAAGCUAUUGGAUAUCACCACGUUAGAAGUUAAGGUUUUGGAUGAAAACGACAAUAGUCCAAAAUUUCGUGCUGGAUCUUGCUACACUUUGGCUAUACCAGAGAAUGAAGAGAAUUCUGUUAUUCAUACUGUUGCUGCCAUGGAUAUCGACGAAGGAAAAAAUGGAGAACUUCAUUACAGCAUAAUCGGUGGCAAUAUUGGAAAUAAAUUUACUUUGGAUUCCUCGUCUGGUGCAUUAUCGAUGAUCAAUCUUGACCGAGAAACUGUACCAAAAUAUGUCCUAACUAUAUCGGCGAAAGAUAAAGGACGGCCAAGUUUAGAAGCUCGUUGUAAUCUCACAGUGAUUGUACUCGACGUGAACGAUAAUGCACCAAUUUUUUCACAAAAUCAAUACACGGAAUCUCGUCCUCGUGGUGCACUUCAGAUCGAUUAUAGCGGCUAUAGUCUCUCCGGUGGCUUUCAAUAUGGAUCUUCAAAUUAUCCGACGAGUUAUCAUCCUGGAAAAUAUAUCGCGACCAUUUCGGAAGAUGCUGCACCUGAUUCAAGCGUUAUGUCAGUGAGAGCAACCGAUCCUGAUCAAGGUGUAAAUGGGAAAAUAACGUAUGCGAUUGCCGAAGAAAACAGUUGGUUGUUCAGAGUUGACAAUCUGACCGGUGUCAUAACUACUGCUGGACCGCUCGAUCGAGAACGUCAGAGUUCGUUCAACUUCCUAGUCGUAGCAACGGACAGUGGAAAAUACGACGCAAAGAGCACGUCGAUACCGAUCGAGAUCACCAUCAGCGACGUAAACGACAACGCACCGGUUUUCGAGGAAUAUCCGUUCCGUGCUAGAGUAUCUAUCGGUACUCAACCCGGCCAGAAUGUUCUUCGAGUCGUUGCGAAAGACGCUGAUCACGGUGCUAACGGAGAGGUCGUUUAUUCGUUUUUGCACGAGCAAGAAAAACCAAAAUUUCGAAUACAUCCAAGCACGGGAGUAGUCACGGCAACUUUGUCUUUGUCUCAAGACAACGGAAAGACUUAUCGAUUGGAGGUCCUAGCACGGGACAAAGGAAAUCCACCAAAAAGUGCUAAAGGUCUGAUCGAGGUUCAAGUAGGAGAAUCAGCCGAUUUAACGCCAGCUCUCAAAUUCCAAAAUGAGACCUACGACGUGGUGGUCCAAGAAAAUUCCUUAUCUGGUACCGACAUCGUUCAGAUAACUGCGGUUCGGUCCGACGGCAGGAGACAACACGUGUCCUAUUCGAUAGGAUCUGGAAACGACUUUGGUACAUUCGCCAUCGACGAAGAUACAGGAUUAUUGCGUGUGAAUGACCCAAGCAGACUGGACGCCGAGCUUUGGAACGAUCUAACGGUGAGACCGAACGACGAACAACCCGACGAAGGUCGUACGAAUGCCUGGGGAAGAUCUCUGGAGAAUCAGCAGCCUAAGGAAGAACCGAGAGAGAGUUCGAAGCACACGCUGACUGUCGUAGCUAGAACGACGGGACCGGAUUCCCUGGAGGCCUAUGCCAAGGUCGUUGUCAGGGUCUCCGACGUUAACGACAAUCCACCCAUCUUCACACAGACGCAAUACUCCGCGACUGUACUCGAGGGUAACACUAAAGGAGAUUUCGUGGUCAAGCUAUCAGCGAGCGACGCGGAUCAAGGAUUGAACAGCAGAAUUCUCUAUCAUAUCGUUGACGGUAAUCCGGACAAUGCUUUCACCAUUAGUCCACCUUACAGUGGCAUAGUUCGGACCAAUAUAGUACUCGAUCGUGAGAUCCGCGAGAAGUAUAGAUUAACGAUCAUUGCUACCGAUCAAGGAAACCCACAAUUGACUGGCACAGCGGCCCUUAGCGUCAGAGUAAUCGACAUCAAUGACAAUCAUCCAACUUUUCCCGAACACAACAUUAUCUCCGUCUCUGAAGGUACUGCAGUAGGAAGCGUGUUAACGACCGUAACAGCGAACGACGUGGACAGUUCACCUGCGUUGAUUUAUCGCUUUAGCAAUACAACCGAUCCAGGUCCGUUCAGUAUCGACAGAUACGGUGGAAAAGUAAUUUUACGAAAACCAUUGGAUGCUGAGACAAAAUUCGAAUACACUCUUCGUGUAAUUGCAAGCGAUGGCAUACACGAAGCUACAACAGACAUGACAGUACGCGUUGCUGAUCUGAACGACAAUGCGCCAAGAUUUCAGCAAACCGCCUACGUCGCCACGCUCUCAGAAGGACAUGGUGGUCUGCAAGAAAUACUCACGGUUAACGCAACUGACGACGAUUUCACGGAAGACAACAGCAGAAUACGAUAUUAUCUUUUACAACCCGUCAAAGGUUUUACCGUUCAUCCAAGCACAGGUGUAUUGACAGUUAAUCGUACGGCCAUACCCAGGCCAUUGCCAAAAGAAGUAGAACUGACAAUCGUGGCCGAGGAUCAUGGUAAACCAUCGGCUUCAGCGACUUGUUCGGUCGUCGUAAGACUCAGCAGCCUUAAAAACACUUUGCCCGGACGAGAGUACAAGAUCAAUGCGAAGGAGAACUCGUCGAGGGGCAAGACUUUGAUGAGAUUAUCGGAUGUCGAUCUUUUGGAUGGUGCUAUCGUCGCUGGCGACGAGACUGGAGUUUUUGAAGUGUCCAGAGGAAGGUUGAUCUUAGCUAAACCGCUCGAUCGAGAAAUGAAAGACAUAUAUACACUUAGACUUGGUUCGAGAGAUGAGAACACGACAAUGGGUUCCCUGGUUGGAGAUGAACUUGUCACAGUGACAGUUAUCGUCGAAGACAUAAAUGACAAUUAUCCAAGCUUCCUUGAAGAGCUAUAUCAAGUAUCGAUUAAAGAAGAUGCAGCGUUUGGUAGUACCGUGGCCAUGUUACAUGCUAAGGAUGACGAUUUAGCUGACACUCCAGCAGCCACUUUGACGUACGAUAUCACUUCGGGAAACGAUGCGGGACUCUUCCGUGUGGAGAAAACCACCGGUGCUAUUUUGGUGAAUGCAACGCUCGACUGCGAUCUAGAGCCUGAGGUUUAUAAUCUCGUUGUCAUGGCAUGUGACAGCGAUCUCUCGUCACCUCUUUGUGCUCUGGCAAGACUCAGAAUUCGCUUGGAAGACGUGAACGAUAAUUCUCCGAAAUUCCCUGUUACGGAAUACCUCGAAUUCGUUGGUGAAAAUGAGCCAGCUGGUACAAUCGUCUUCUCAGCUAGAGCAUCCGAUCUGGAUCGAGGAAUAUUUGGUUCUUUGAAUUAUUCCAUCGUAUCGGCAGCUGCUACAGGCUUCUCUGAUAUCGAUGACAGCUGGAAAUUAUUUGAGGUUGAUGCAAAAUCAGGAACUGUCACGACGUGCGCUACAUUUGAUUAUGAACAACGGAAUCGUUAUGCUUUCACAUUGCGGGCAACCGAUAUGGGUGGUCGUACGGCUGCAGUCAGAGUUAGAGUAGAGAUAGAAUCGAGAGAUGAAUUCUUUCCGCAAUUUACUGAAAAAAUGUACAAAUUUGGAAUUCGAAGUGGUUCCCAAAUGAUGCCAGGUACUGUAAUAGGUCACGUAACUGCUACCGAUCGUGACAAGGGACCAGAUGGAAGAGUGGUGUAUCAAUUGACGUCACAACACCCAUACUUCAAAUUAAAUCGUACUACUGGUGCGUUAAUCAUCAAACAAAAAUUAAUGCAUAUGGACAUGGAUGUCGAAGAAUCUUCUAGGUUGGUAGUAAGCGCUAGUUCCGGGAGACAAGGUUCUUUGUCGAAUAGUACGGUUGUAGAAAUCACUUUGGUAGAUAAUGACAGUAGUGAUUCCAAAGGAGCAACUGCUAUGGCAAUACCAAAUGAUAUUGGAUCUAAUAUGGCUGUUGCUGCAUCGAAUGGUUUACCUGAUUGGGCGCUUGGUCUUUUGAUAGCCCUCCUUCUUUUGGUUCUUGCAUUUGGCGCCAUAUUUUUGUAUUUUCACUUACGAAAUCGUCGUCACAAAAAACCUGGGACAAAGCCAGGUUUAAACGGAGAAAGCAACGCCACUGCCUCCAACAGUUAUGUGGAUCCCAGUGCUUUCGAUACUAUUCCUAUCAGAAGCGUCGUUGGAGUAGGUGGAAGCGGAAAUGGAGGUUCUGCUGGAGGUGGUGGCGGAGGCGGUGGUGCCUCGUGUCAAUUCGCACCACCGAAGUACGAUGAGAUACCACCAUACGGGACUUCAGGUCAAUCGGGUCAACAACAAGCUACAUCCGAGCUUUCGGGUAGCGAUCAAUCUGGAUCAUCCGGACGAGGAUCAGCCGAGGACGACGGUGAAGACGAAGAAAUAAGAAUGAUAAACGAGGGACAACAAACGGGCGACUCAGCGAGCGAUUUGUCCGUUCACAAUACACAGGAGUACUUAGCUAGGCUAGGUAUCGUCGAUCCGCCAGCUGGUACUCCGAGAAGACCACCGGAAGCUCUUCCUUUGGAUAGUCUACAUCUAUUUGAAGACGAAGCUGCGACAGAAGCAGACAUCGCUACAUUGAUUUACGGAAAAAUCGGAGAACCUGGAAGACCUACGUCUGGUCUCGAAGUACCUGGUGGACCCAGCAUGAACGGUUCCUUAAGCUCCAUCGUUCAUAGCGAGGAAGAACUUACUGGGUCUUAUAAUUGGGAUUAUCUUUUAGAUUGGGGUCCUCAGUACCAACCAUUAGCUCACGUUUUCGGUGAGAUCGCAAGGCUCAAGGACGAUGCUGCCAGCGUACAAAGCGGGAAUUCUGGUAGUAGUGGUAGAGCUAAGUCUGUACAUAAAGCACCGCCGCCACCUCUUUUAACUUCUGUCGCCCCAAGAUCGCUGGCAGCUCCGGCCUUGGCCAGAGCUAUCUUGCCGAGAUCACCAAUCAGUCAUGACGCUUCCACUUUUCCCUCGGCUGCUCUCAGUCCAAGUUUCUCACCAUCCUUGUCACCAUUGGCUACUAGGAGUCCAAGUAUCAGUCCUUUAGUUCCACCUGCAACGCAGAGAGCCAGUCAAAGUGCCAACAGAGGUAUCCCCGUUACCAACGCUGAAUUGAGGAUCUAAAUUAAUUUCUCGAACUUGUGGAGCGAUAUUAGAAUUUUUAGUGUAUAUUAAACUAAUGAUUUACGCUGCUGUCGAAAUCAAUAUCUAUAAGAAAACUGUUUGUGUAAAGGAUCGUUUAUAUACUAAUUAAUUUGAAAGCCGGUUGAGACUCUUCGUUAAAACAGGUCGAACGUGAUAGUUUGUAUUGAUUGGUGCUGUUGGAUAAUGAUAUCUGUAUCGCGAGUGAAGUGUCGAUAAACGAAAACUGUAAUAUUUUUUUCAAGUGAAUGAAUGUGUCUUUCUGCUCCUUGCAUGCAUAUUAUUUUCUAUUCGCAUGUAUGUAAUAGAAUUUUUAUUCCAAAAGGUUUACAUUCGAGGAGUUAGCCAUUCUCUUAAUGAUCAACGCGAUGAAAUGUGUCUGUUAGAAGAACUUGUAUUAAAUGUAAAAGCACAACUUCUAUAGUAGGUAAUAAUUUAUAGAUUUUUAUUCGUCGCGUACGUUAAGGGUCGUUUACAAAAGAACGCGAUAGCACGAAUAAAUCUGGUGAUAAGAGAAACCGCGAGAAGAAGACUGAUCGCAUUUUUAAGAAGAGCACUCAAUAGGAUGUAUUAUUGUAUAAUAUUAUUUCGAUCGAUCGACGUCUUAUCGAUAGUUAAUAACAAAAAGAAAAGAAUACUCGAGCGAAAUUGUACAUACGAAAGUAGUUAAAUGUUUAAGUAGAUAAUGUAAAUACAAAUUAACUCGACGGAUAGUAAAAAACUCGCCGUAUAAUCAAAAGAUAAUAAAAAGGGUCUAGAGACUGUCUGUAAAGGAGAAAAUCAAAGCGGUCACAACGCGUUCAACGGAAGUGUACGCUCUUGUACAGUAAAAUUAAAUUCCUGUAAUAAUUUUUAAUAAUGAUUCGAUCGACGUUAAGUCGAUCGGUGGCGUUUCUUUCAUCGAACGCGUCGUGCUCGUUCACAUAAUCAAUUAACGCAUUGUCGCGAUCGUACUGAUCGCUAUAAAAUAUUCGCGGCAAUGUGACUUUCAAAAGCAUCUUUUUCUUAAUAUCUUUUUUUAUUUCUCUCUCUCUCUCUCUCUCUCUCUCUCUCUCUCUCUCUCUCUCUCUCUCUCUCUCUCUCUCUCUCUCUCUCUCUCUCUCUCUCUCUCUCUCUCUCUCUCUCUCUCUCUCUCUCUCUCUCUCUUUCGUUUUUUCUUUCUUUUCUUUUUCUCGUCCGACUCUUGAUAAGAAUCUCGAUGUAACGAGAGUCGGUUGUCAUCUCCUUCGAAUAAAUGAAUAUACAUACUCAUCGACGAAUAUAGAUAAUGUCAUAUUUUGUAUAAAAACAACGUUCUCUCAUUCCAUUGUACAAAGACUCUUCCGAGCCGAGGAGGCCCACUUUAGUGGGCUUUAAUUAAAUGAAUUUUUUAACAAAA